AUGCCAGAUCGAAAGUUUUUCUACCCCGGAUCUUUACCACUUCCAAAUGAAGUGUUGGAGUUGGUAUUCAGCUAUAUUCCUACACGUAAUUUAUUGGUAUACAGUUCCAUUCCCUUUAUCAGAAAGCAUGCAAUUGCGGAAUUGAACACACGGAAUCUCGAGAUUAACUUGGGUACCUCCCAGUAUAGAUAUGACACUUUGGGAUAUGACAUAGUCGAGAAGUGGAGAUAUGUUCCUAUCGGGGAUGAGACAAUGUUGGAACAACGGAGUUAUCAAUACAUGUUCCCUCAGCAUAUUUAUUUUCAAGAUGGCGAUGGUACAGAUGAAUUUCUAGAGUUUAUGAAACACCGCCCCAAACUCCGACUUGAAUCAAUUAGAUCUAAUUUUGCUACUUUAAUGGAAGUAUAUGAAAAAGACCCAUAUUUGAUUCUGAGGAUCCAAAAGAUAUUGUUGUUCUUUCAUGGAGACCCGGUGGACUUUUUGUUAAGAACAUCAAACUUUCCCUUUCCAAUACAUAGCAUUUCCACUUCUGGCACCCCAAAGUACGGCAACCACCAGUUUUACUUGGAAAAAUGUCCCCUUGUAAGGCGUCUAGACCAACUCUCUCGCCUAAACAUAGGGGACAAUAUCGACCCAGAGGAAUUGAAAUAUCUCCCACGCAGACUAAAGGAUCUUACAAUUAACUUGGAGUCUAAUCCCACCAUAUUUAAACCAUGUUUACCUGAAACAUUGGAAACUCUUGAUAUUACAUUUCCAACUGGGUUUGGGCUUGAAGCUAUUAUCGAAUUUGACAUUGGUGGCCUAAAAAACUUGAAGAACUUAAGUUGCCAGUAUAUGACAUUGAAAUACUUGUCUAGUUUGAAAGCUUCUGACAAAAUCGAGAGCUUGUACAUAUAUGCUACGAAGCUUGAGAGCUUGCGUGGCAUUGAAAAAUAUACGAGGCUUACUGACCUAGAUGUAACUUCUACAGACCUCGAUCCAUAUUGGAUUUUCGAUUGCAAUUUACCUGAUUCCAUUCAAAGAUUGAGUUUCCAAUUGCUUCACACUGGACAACUUUCUGACGAUUACGAAUCUGAAGUGAGAAGGAUGCCAAAUCGGAGACCGCCAAUUCAACUCCCACCCAAAGUUAGGAGUUGUCUUAUUAACUCCCCAAUAAUAUUUUUCCCCCAGAAUUACGUAUUCCCUGAAUCAUUGAGGAUUCUUUGUUUAUCAGCCGAGAUAAUGCCUUCCGUACCUCGCCUUCCGAAUUUGAUAGUAUUCAAGCUCAGUUGCCGCCAUAGACUUACACUUCCAGAGCCGUUACCCAGAUCUUUGGUUUAUUUGGAGACCUCCAUCGUACCAGAAAAUGAAGAUUUCCUUGUCAACCCACCAAAUUUAACCCGCUUCAAAUAUGCCCCUAUACAUCUGCAUCUUCUGAACUUUGAGUACCAAUUACCGGAAAGCUUAAGAGCUUUAGAUUUGGGUAUGAACCAUUUAGGUCUGUUAAACGUGGAAGACUCUAACCUAACUGCAAUCGACUUGUCUUCGAAUAAGUUCUUUGGCUUUGAAGGGCUCGAGCUACCAGAUACGGUUCAGGAAUUGGAUUUGAAAUUUUCAGUGCUUACGGUUCUUCCAAACGACAGGUUUAGAUUACCUGCCAACUUAAGUCGUCUCAAUCUAUCAAUUUGCCACAUAGACACAGAAUCAUUGAACAAGAUGAAGCUAAAAAGGUUAAGACAUUUGUCCAACCUUACGUUGGCCGCUAACGAUAUCUCAGAAUUAAAAGCAAGCUUCCUACCUACGUCGCUCAAGGUUUUGGAACUUCUGCUGAAUUCUCAAUUGCAGAUCCUUGACUCGGAUGUAUUUAAAGUGUUAACCAACUUGCAGUACCUAUACUUAAGAAAUUGUGAAUUUUCUUGGUUGCCGCCAAUAGAAUUUCCUCCAUCUCUUAAGUAUUUGACCUUAGAAGGGAACAAUCUUACAGAUGUAGAUGGGUUGGAAUUUCUGGAAAAUCAUCAAAUGAAAAAAAUCGAACUACUGGGCAACCCUUUUGCAAAUAAAGAAGCUGUCUUGAAUAAGUUAAGAAGUAAACUAGGAAGGAAAGUUGUCAUUGACAUAUAA